AUGAAGGUUAUCUCAUUCGCUGCUCUUCUGGCUUUGGCCAACGCCUCUGUCGUCACCAAGCGUGCCUCGCCUCUGGACGUCAAGCUUGAGCUGACCGGUAACACGAAUGUUAAGGCUGCCAUCACCAACACCGGCUCCGAGGCUAUCAAGGUCUUCAAGACUGGUUCCAUCUUCGGACAGCACGCCACCGAGAAGGCCCAGGUCUUCCAGGGCAGCUCCAAGGUCGAUUUCGCUGGUAUCAAGGUCCGCGUCACAACUGAGAACAUUCCCGAGGAUUCUUUCCAGGUCAUCGCCCCGGGACAGACUGUUGAGACCUCCUUCGAUGUAGCUGAGCUGCACGACCUCAGCUCGGGUGGUGCUUUCGACAUCGCCUCGGUUGGCGCUUUCUCUACCGCUGCCAUCGACUCCACGGAGAUUACCGGCGCCGUUGAGUACACCAGCAACACUCUCACCGCCAACAUCGAUGGUGCUGAGGCUGAGAAGGUCCGCCGUGACUUCAUCAAGCGAUCUGCCGUGCAGUCCGACUGCACCAGCAGCAAGAGGACCUCCUCUGUCAAUGCUCUCGCCAACUGUGCCACGCUCGCCCGCGCUGCUGCUUCCGCUGCUGCCUCUAACACCGCCAAGGUUCAGGAGUACUUCAAGUCGACCACUUCCAGCACCAUCUCCACCCUCCAGAGUGUCUUCAACAAGGUCGCCUCCGAGUGCGCUUCUUCCACUUCCGGUGUCUCCAAGACCUACUGCACUGAUGUCUACGGAAACGGUUGCUCUUCCAACGUCCUGGCUUACACCCUUCCGUCUGGAAGCUACAUCGUCAACUGCCCUCUAUACUUCAGCGCGCUUCCCGCUCUUACUAAGUCUUGCCACGCGCAGGACCAGGCCACCACCACUCUCCACGAGACCACCCAUCUCAGUCAGAUCAAGGGCACCGAUGACUUGGGCUACGGCUACGCUGCUGCCACCCGUCUUUCCACCUCCUCUGCUCUCAACAACGCUGACAGCUACGCUCUAUUCGCUAACGCUAUCUACGCUGGCUGCUAAACGUACCGUGUGCGGGGCUGUCGGAAGUGCAUGGAUUGCAUGAUUGAUGAAGGGA